AUGAAUCUAACGGAUAAAAUUGCGAUUGUGACAGGCGCGGGGCAAGGUAUCGGCAAAGCGAUUGCCAUCAGACUCGCGAACGCUGGGGCACAUGUUGCUAUCAUGGAUUUGAACAUGGCAGCGGCUGAAGCGGUAGCAGGGGAAAUUGAAUCCAUUGGACGCAAAGCAUUACCGGUUCAGGCAGAUGUAUCACAGUCCACUGAUGUCAAUGCUGCAGUUGAAAAGAUUAUUUCCACCUUCAGCCGUGUCGACAUUCUCGUCAAUAACGCCGGUAUUGCAGGGCGGACACUGCCAUUAACCGACUUAGAGGAAUCAGAUUGGGACACCGUGAUGGCUGUAAAUUUGACGGGUGUCUUUCUCUGUUGCAAGGCAGUCAUCAGCCAAAUGAUUGCACAGGACUAUGGUAGGAUUGUGAACAUUGCCUCAAUCGCUGGCAAGGAGGGUAAUCCGACACUUAUCCCGUACUCGGUAUCUAAGGCUGGUGUUAUAUGUCUGACAAAGGCACUUGCCAAAGAGGUAACCGACUAUAAUAUCCGUGUGAACGCGGUAUCGCCUGCGGUUAUCGAAACGCCAAUUUUGGAAGGCAUGGCACAAUCGACUGUCGAUUAUAUGAUAAGCAAGAUUCCGUUGGGACGUGUCGGGAAACCGGAGGAGGUUGCCGCUGUGGUGAAUUUCUUGGCUUCGGAUGAGGCGAGUUUUGUGACGGGGCAAUGCUACGAUGUGAGCGGUGGAAGGGCGACGUAUUAG